AAUGGAUGGCGUUAUGGCCUUUCCCGCAGGUGCUGUGGUGUUGCACCUGUCGGCCGCACAGACUCACUGUAAGCGUGGCGCCUGAAUAAGCACAGUUCAGGUAUUGUCUGUUUCGACGUUGGCUCAUGCAGGUACAUAGCUGUGCCCAUGGAUGUAGCAGUGCCAGCUCCCGCCAGCGGCGCGAAGGCAGCCCGCUCCGACUGGCGGGACCGGCGGUUUCCAUUGUCGGCGGAGCUGCCUCUUAACGUGCUCAAGAGCGUGUUCAAGGGCAGCAAGGUUCAGCAGUAUAAGCUAGAUAAACUGCUUGAGAUAUACGACACCUGGAGACGCGUCAGAGGGGACGGUAAGGCAACACACACACGGGCAAUGGGAGUGGGUGACGUGAUGCAAGACUUGCACAUGUCAUUUUGGUGCUUUGUGUGUGGCGUGUCUGUUGUGUGCAGGGAACUGUUUUUAUCGUGCCCUCGGUUGCGCCCUGUUGGAGCGGAUGAAUGCGGGCGAGUACACGUUCAACAUCCCUACCAAGGUGCUGGAGGACACCAACCUGGCAAGGGAGUGGGAGAGCCUGCUGUGCCUCCGUGGAGAAGAGCUCCACAUCGCCCUCACGCGCGGCGACCUCGACGAGCCCAUGAGUGGGUGCACAGCAACACCCGCCCCACAGCAGACAUUCAUGACCGUGUCGUGCACUUUGCUCUGCUGUUCUUUCCUUCAGUCAUGAUCUUCCGUGCUGUCAUUGCCCAGUACAUGAAGGAUCACGUGGACAUGCCCGUGACACCGUCUGGUGAUGAUGGUGAGCGUGGGCUCACGAUCGCCGAGUACGUGCGGACCUACGCCAUUCCCUCUCGUAGCAGCCCCAGCCCCGGCGCAGGUGACGCCUCAUCCUCAUCGGACUCGCCCACACCAAAGGAGGCCGCCCUGCAGCAGCAGGGGCAGCGGCAGGGGCAGCAGGGGCAGCGGCAGGGGCAGGGGCAGCGGCAGGGGCAGGGGCAGCAGCAGGGCGAAGGCGAGGAGAAGCGGUUCUUUGAGACCGUCGAGCAGUACACAGACAUGGAGGUCCUGCACAUGGGUGAGUGAUGGGGGAGGGGGGACUGCUACGUGGCGACACAGAUACGUGGGGUUGGUGGCCACUAUGUCUGUGUCUGUAUGUGUGUGUGUCAGGCCAUGAUGCAGAGGGCGGGUUGGUGGUCACCGUUGCCUGCUUAGCCCUCAAGGUCAACAUCAACAUUGUUUUGCUGGUAAGUGACUGACACGACAACAAUACCGAUACGUACGAGUACACACGCCUUUCUCGCUCGACUCAUGUGUCCUCCGUCUGUGUGUGUCAGGACGAUACGGAGGGUAAGGAGUGCCCGCUCUACGAGUACCCCUUGGGCUCAGAGAAGUACGGCAACACACCUAUCGUGCUCUUCUUCCGGCCAGGGCACUACGACGUGCUCUACGACAAGCACGUACCCAGAUACACACACAACAACGACGCACCCGACGUGUGUAUUGACAGCUGUGUGCUGUGGUGUGGCGUCUUGUGGUGCGCUGUCAUGACCAUAGGUCCAGCUUGCAGCGUUUUCCGCAGAUCAGCGGGUUCGUCUCUUGUUGCAGCGACUGCAACAAGGAGACCAUGCUGCGAGUGAUGGUACGUGGGCACCACACCACACCACACCACACCACACCACACUCCACUUGACUGCCCCAUGUGUCUGUCGUCUUGAUGUGUGUGUUUGCACCACAGGACCUCUUAGCCUGCAACCAUCGGCUUUGCGUCACAUGCAAACUGAGGCUGGGGAAGAAGGAAGACGUAAGGAAGGCAGCAGGCUCAUCACACCGUACACACACAUGCACACGCGCUGCCCCAAUUUCUUUGUUUGCAGGAGCCGGUGGAUGACCUCUCAUGUCCCGUGUGUUCGGUCUCAACCGCCGAGAAUGCGGACGGUGACCAGCUGCAGUGCCCCAUCUGCUCACGUCGUGAGCUCCUCGUGAGGCUCCCCUGCUGCAAAAAGGUAGGUAGCCAACCACCCGCACAAAGACGGACAUGAACUCACUUCCCUGCACUGGUCGCUGCUUGUGUGUGCCAUAUGUGGAUGGAUGGAUGGAUGGAUGGACGGAUGGAUGGAUGCAGAUCCUGUGCAAGGAAUGCGCUGAUGACCACCUCGGUGUCAACAAAAGGAAGAUGAAGGACAAGGUAGGAAAGACCGAAGAAACAGACACACAUGCAUACACACAUACUUCCCUCAUACGCCUUCUCCUGCUCUUCCUGGCUCAGGGCCGGCGUGUGGACGUCACGGUGUGUCCCCGCUGCCAGCACAACGACCUCUUCAAGUACUUCACAGACGCAAUCGGGGACCCCGACGCGUCGCCGCCGCCCCUUCCACCCAUCACCACACCACCGAGCAGCAUCACGAGCGCGCCGCCGCCCCCGCCCCCUGUCGACACCGCAAGCACCAGCUUACAGCGACACAGCAACACAGCACCCGCACCGCAGGCACCAGUGGCGGCCCCUCCUCCCCUGGCGAGUCUGCCCAUGUCCCUGUUUCCUCCUCUGCCCCCCCGUGGCUCCCCUCCGCCAUCCACUCCACCCGCACCCAAGACCACACCCCCACCCCCACCCCCACCAGCGGCCGCUCACACCCCCGUCCAUCUCUGCUGCCUCUGCUCACAAGAAAGUCCGGCCGUUCUCGGAUUCAAGCAGGGCGAGGUCACCUACUGCGCGUGCUUCGACUGUGUCUGCCGGAGGUGUGCUGAGCAGCUGCGAAACCCCCAGGGCCAGCGGGGUGUGGUGUCCAUCGAGGGCCAGGAGGUCAAUAUUGACCGCUUCCUCACCCAGUUCAUCCGGACGCAAGGCAGCGAGAGAGCCACAUGGCUGGGGGUCGAUGUGGAGGCGCUUAAGCGGCGGAUGCACAUCCCGCGACGCGAGCAGCACCACGAGGCGUCAUCGUCGCGGCAGGGGGGAGGCGGAGAGAGAGGGAGGCGGGGAGGGGGACGGAUGGGAGGACCGGUGGUGGUGGUGAGGACGGAGCUGCAGGCUCCCAUCAGAAGGACCGAUCGCAUGCGUCUGCCCGAAAUGCUGCUCAUCCUCAUCAAGAGCGCUGGUGAGUGAAUGGCCAACUCCGCACACGAAAAACACCAUCACACGUUCACGCUAACACCAUGUGUGUGUGUGUGUGUGUGUGUGCAUGUGUGUGUGUGUGUGUGUGUGUGAUGCUCUUCAGGAUUCGACUGCGUGCUGGCCUAUGGAGAGGAGCUGUACAACUUUGGUCAGACGGUCGUCCAUUUAAGGGUGGCUACUACACCGACCGCCUCAGACCCGUAGGGCAGAAGGGCAACACCAUCGUGGCCUUCCUGGACGAGCUGGACCACGCCAGCGGCUUCCCCGCCCACCUGUCGGCGGCCAUGGCG